AUGUCAUGGGCUGACAAGGUGGAGACGAACGAUUUUCAGGCUUCAGCUCAGAAGCAAUGGCAGAAAUUUCAGACUGGUAAUCUCUCUUUUUCAGAUCAGAAGCUUGAAUUCACUGAACCUAUUUUCAGAGAAGGUCGGAAGUUUGCUCAAAUUGAUGCUGAGGAGGUUAAAAUGCAAUCUGCAAACUGGAGUUCAGCAGUCAUAUGUAUGGUGUUGGGAGCCAAUCCUCCUAUGGCUGUUUUUGAAGGUUUCAUCAAGAGGGUUUGGGGUCACCUAGGGAUAGCUCAGAUAGCUAGAAUGACCAUGGGGUUAACAAUGGUAAAGUUCAAUGAUGAUGCUACAAGAGAUCAUGUCCUUGAACAUGGCCUUAUCCAUUUUGAUAGGAAGCCGGUCAUAGUUAGGCCUUGGACAACGGACUUGAGUGCAGUCCGUCUGGUUCGUACUGUCCCGCUUUGGAUUCGCCUUCAAGAUUUAGGGCUCCAAUAUUGGGGUAGCAAAUGUCUUAGUGCUUUGGUUAGCACCAUAGGUAGGCCGAUCAUGGUAGACAAAUUUACGAGGGAACGGUCCCGUGUUCAAUUCGCUCGAGUGUUGGUUGAGAUGGAAAUCACAGAUAAUCCGCCGAAGAGUAUUCAGUUCAUCAAUGAACUUGGUCAGAUCAUGGAGCAAGGAGUUGAGUAUGAAUGGUUACCGAUAAAGUGUAAGACCUGUGCUGGUUUUGGGCACUCAAUGGCAGAAUGCAGAAAAGAGAGGAAUGUUCAUUGGGUCAAGAAAAUAGAGACCCAAACAGAGAAGGAGCAGGAUUCUGGGGUACAGCAAAAUGGAAAGCUGAAAGUAGAAGGAGAUCAGGCAUCAACAGGAAUCAACACAAAGCAGGUGGAACCAGAGGGAUAA